AUGCCUGACUACCUAGGGGAGGACCAGCGUCGUGUCAAAGACGACAAUGGGAAGGAAAAGCCUUUCCAAGCUUUAGAUGAAAGUGAUAUUGCCUUACUGAAGACUUACGGCGUUGGCCCAUAUACCAAACAAAUUAAGCUCACUGAAGAAGAAAUUGAAAAGGAAUUUAAAACGGUCAAUGAGUUAACAGGUGUCAAAGAAAGUGACACAGGUCUUGCUCAUCCUGCUUUAUGGGAUGUUAUGGCUGACGCUAGGGCAAUGAAAGAAGAACAAGCUCUUCAAGUUGCACGCUGCACUAAAAUUAUUACUUCAACCGAAGACGAAGAAGAUAUAAAAUUUGUUAUUAACGUCAAACAAAUUGCAAAGUUUGUUGUUGGAUUAGGCGAUCGUGUUUCGCCUACUGAUAUUGAUGAAGGCAUGAGAGUAGGCGUCGAUCGGAAUAAGUAUCAAAUUCAAAUUCCCCUUCCGCCGAAAAUCGAUGCGGCGGUCACCAUGAUGCAAGUUGAAGAGAAGCCGGACAUUACGUACAACGACGUUGGAGGCUGCAAAGAACAAAUUGAAAAACUGAGAGAAGUUUUAGAAUUGCCUCUUCUUCACCCUGAACGGUUUGUGAAUUUGGGAAUCGAGCCCCCCAAGGGCGUCUUACUAUACGGCCCUCCAGGCACCGGAAAGACGCUUAGCGCACGCGCUGUUGCCAACCGCACCGACGCCUGCUUCAUUCGCGUGAUUGGAAGCGAACUAGUACAGAAGUACGUGGGAGAGGGCGCUCGAAUGGUUCGUGAGUUGUUCGAAAUGGCUCGAACGAAAAGGGCGUGUUUGAUCUUUUUUGAUGAGAUUGAUGCUGUGGGUGGCGCAAGGGCGGACGAUUCUUACGAUGGAUCGGGUGGUGACCACGAGGUUCAGAGAACCAUGCUCGAGCUGAUUAACCAGCUGGACGGCUUUGACCCUCGUGGAAACAUCAAAGUCCUUAUGGCGACCAACCGUCCUGACACGCUCGACCCCGCCCUUAUGCGCCCUGGUCGUCUGGACAGAAAAGUUGAGUUUGGUCUUCCAGACUUGGAGGGGAGAACACACAUUUUCAAGAUCCAUGCUCGAUCGAUGAGUGUUGAUCGGAGUAUUCGAUUCGAACUUCUGGCCCGGUUGUGUCCGAACAGCACCGGCGCAGAAUGUCGAAGCGUCUGUACGGAAGCCGGCAUGUUCGCCAUACGCGCGCGGCGGAAGAUUGCCACCGAAAAAGACUUUUUAGAUGCCGUAAACAAAGUCGUAAAGGAAUACGCUAAAUUCAGCUCUACUCCUCGCUACAUGGCUUAUAACUAAGAUCCGUUAACUGUAGAGUGGCAAUAAAAAAUUCGUAUGACAAUAUAUUUUUAAGAGGUAUUAAAAGCGAUUGAAGAAGGCGUCAUAGGCUUGUAUUGUAAAAGCCUAUUUUAAGUACAACUUUUACUCUGAGCUUGCUACCCAUUCACUUCU